AACAGGAGCGGGACGGGGGAAAGCGAACUCGAUUGUGCCGGGACACGGCUGGCUCCCCGGGUCUGGUAGCGGAGCCCGGAGUCUGGAGCCCGGAGCAAGCAUCGCGGUCUGCCCAGCAGCUGGAACGGGAAAGGAGAUCAGAGCGGACCCGGUGGGGAAGAAGAAGGAGGCGAGCGGGCAGGAGAGGAGGAUGGUGUCGCCGGUUACCGUGGUUAAAUGUGAGGGGCCUAAGUUGGUACCUUUCUUUAAGGCCACCUGUGUAUAUUUUGUCCUCUGGCUGCCAACCUCUAGUCCGUCGUGGUUCAGUGCAUUGAUCAAGUGUCUACCUAUCUUCUGUCUCUGGGUAUUCUUGCUAGCUCAUGGAAUCAACUUCCUAGGAACACAUCCCAGUGCAAGAAAGAUCUUGGCAGGCCUGAUAUUUUCUGCUUUGGGGGAUGCAUUUCUUAUCUGGCAGGAACAAGGAUAUUUUGUUCACGGCCUGCUCAUGUUUGCCAUCACGCACGUUCUGUACUCCUCAGCCUUUGGAAUGAAGCCCAUGAACCCUGAGCCUGGCUGUGGGGUCGUGAUUAUCUGUGGACUCUCUUACUGGUUGCUGUACCCAUACCUUUCUGGUCCCUUCACCUACCUGGUGGCGGUUUACAUCGCACUGAUUGGAUUCAUGGGCUGGCGUGCCAUUGCAGGGGUGCAACUUUUCAACGACCUGUGGACAUGGACCAAACUGUGUGCCUGCCUUGGAGCCAUGCUCUUCAUGGUGUCUGACCUCACCAUCGCAGUUAAUAAGUUCUGCUUCCCCGUGCCUUACUCCCGGGCCAUCAUUAUGGCCACCUAUUAUGCUGCCCAGAUGCUCAUUGCUCUUUCAGCAGUGGAAUGCAAGGACGAUAAUGAUCGAAGCAAUAGAAAAAUGAACUGAGGGACAAUGUCCCCUUUGCAUAGUAACAAGAACAUAUUGCUAAGUUCCAGUGGGACACAAAAAUCUGGGAAAACUAUGGUGUGAAUCUAAUUUAGAGCCACAUGAUUUAUUUUCAUCGGUUUGCUUCUGUGUUAGCUUAUUGUUACCUCCAUGAAGCAGUCGUCAGUCAGGAGGGCUUAAGGACUGUGGCUAACGCCAGCUAAGGUAGGUGACCCCGAUGAGAUGGUCCUUCUCCUGUGGCAUUUUGUGCAGUGAACUCUCUGCCCUUCAAUAACUUGAUAGAAAUUGACCAUGUAUAUUUCAGUUAUCAUCCCUAGAAUCAGAGUGGGAGAAAGGCAUCAAGCAAGCAGGUCUCAAGAUAAAAACUGAAUUCCAUGACUCUCGAGUUAAUCUCAAACUCAGCCUCUUAACAAUAAUCCUGAAUGUCCUUUUAAAAUUUGAAAUCUUUUCAAUCAACAUUUGUGAAUUCAUGUGUUUUGAGAAACAAUUAAACCAGCAUUUUGAGGAAUUCAAUAAUUUUCAAAGUGAAGAAUAUGAAUGAAAAGGAUACAUUUAAGGAUUCAAAGUAUAAACUGAGAAAGAUCAGGUCCAUUCAGGUUUAUCCACAUAAGCAUGAUAUCUUGUGCAUUAUAAUAUACCUGUUCCCUAGUCCAACUGGAAACUAUGUAAUCUUCAAGGAAAUCAAAAACAUAAAAGUCCAGCAGAAAAUUCUUUUCAGACCUCUUAAAGCGAUCAAACUAGUCCAAGCGACUACUCUUUGCUUUGAUGACAUUAUACAGUACCUACCUCUUGUUUAAAUGAGAAAUAAAAUCACUGCUUCAGGGAAUGAUUCGGGUAAUAUGAUUACAGUGGACAACUGCAGUUGAAUAGCUGGCACAAUUUUGAUAGCUAAAUAUCUUCCUCCUGUGCUGUGGCUUGCACAUUUAUAUUAAAAAAAAGGUAUUCCUUUUGCUGUGAUGCUCUUCUGUGCAAGCAUGCUUUGUAUCCUAGAAAACAUUUGCAAUAUCUUUAACAUCAGGAACCUCUCCCUUGCAAAAUAAGGUGCAUUUCAAUCUUUUACCCUAAGAUAAACAUCCCCUUUUCAGUGCUGUAGAUUUAGAAGUUGUUGAAAACUGUACUGUUUUGUGGUGUAGGGGAUAACAGCUGUUUUUAUGCAUUGCACUCUGGUGCUAUUUUACACAUAAAUGCUUGUUAUUAUGCUCAUGAUAAGAAUAGAUGAGCACAAAAUUGAGGAAAGAAUACCUAUAAAUUUUGGAUGUAUUGACCAAUGGGUAUUGCAUACUUGGCAAAUAAUUCUAAUGCUUUAGUUUUACUGUGCAACUUUCCACAGAAUUAAAACUCAUGAAGGGUAACAAUAUCUCUACAAUGCAGUUUAUUUUGAAAGUGCAUAUUUACUUUUUGUUUCUCCUGUAUAUUUUCUCUUCUUCCCUUGUCCAUUUUAGACCAUAAGACCAUGGACCACAAGAUAUAGAAGAAUUAGGCCAUUGAGUCUUCUGUGCCAUUUCAUAUGGUUGUUCCAAAUUUCCUCUCAGCCCCAAUCUCUUGUCUUCUCCCCGUAUUCCUUCUUGCCCUGACCAAUCAAGAAUCUAUCAACAUCUCUCUUAAAUACACAUAAAGAUUUGGCGUCCACAGCUGCCUGUGGCAAAGAAUUCGACAGAUUCUGCGUUCUCUGGUUUAAAAAAAAAAAAAAUUCCUCCUCAUCUCCAUUCUAAACUGACACCCCUCUAUUCUGAGGCUGUGUCCUCUGGUCUUAGAUUGUCCCACCAUAGGAAACAUCCUCUCCACAUCCACUCUAUGAAGGCCUUUCACCAUUCAAUAGGUCUCAAUGAGGUCAUCUCUCAUUCUUCUGAAUUCUAGUGAAUUAAGGCCGAGACCAAACACUCUUCAUAUGACAAGCCAUUCAAUCCUGCAGUCAUUUUUGUGAACCUCCUUAGAACCCUCUCCAGUCUCUGUACAUUUUUUCUAAGAUAAGGGGCCCAAAACUGCUCACAGUACUCCAAGUGAGGCCUCACCAGUGCUUUAUUUUGGUUUGUUUUGAAGAAUGCCAUCUGGUAUCUCAUCAUAGAUCUGUAUAUAAACUGAUGUACUGAGUGUUGGCUGAUCAUGGGUGAUGAAAGAUCACAUAACUGUGGUGGCCUCACUCUUUGUCCAGACGUUCAAUUUCCAAUAGGCCACAUUGCAUACCAACCAGGAAAACGGGUCUUGCACUUUCUCCCUUUUCACCUAACAAGCUAAGCAAAUUGCUAAUUUCAAAGAUCAUUUGGAUUUAACUUUCUGACUGUUUAAUCUACAGAUUUUUCUUAUGUAGUAAGAAGAAACACUAGAAGCUGUAAAUUACUUCGUAAGUAUAGAUUUCUUUGAAAUAUUGUGGAAUAUUGAUAGCUCGGGUUGGCUAUUUGGAAG